GUUAAUAUUGCAGAUGAAAUUGUCCUAUCUUUGUAAAAUUUCAAUAUUAAAUUUGGCAUAGAAAUGACAUGGAAUUUGUGGGCGCUGCCGAAACGCUCGUUAACAUGCUACGGGGCAGAGUUCAGGUGGUAGUCUACUAGGCGGACUAACGAGACUAGGCGGACUAACUAGAUGUAGGGAUUCAGAUGGGAUCGGAAUCAAGCUAAUCGGAAUCGAUCUAAAUUUCAGCUUAUCUAGAGCUAAACUUAUCUAGAGCGAAGAUAGAUGUAAUUAGAGUUAAGUUAGGAAGUAAGAAAGAAUAAACUGUCUCUUUGAUCUACAAACCACCGAGUAGUACGGUUGACUGUGCGAAGCUCCCAUAUAGACUAGGCGGACAUUUUUGUUUAUAUUUUGAAUUUACUAUGUUUUCCAUACAUAACUUAAAGACAUGCUUCUGUCUAACUUCCAAGUGAUUCUAUUCGAUCUUGCACGAACCAUCUCGUUUGUUAUACAGGUGCCAGAAGAGCCCGAUCCAUGUACAUAUUCCCCUAUGCCAGCGAUCGGCAAAGUUUGCCAAUCACUACCUUAUGUCAAACAGAGAGAACAACACAUCAACAAAUGUCCCCUGGGUCAAAGUGCUAGAACGUUGCUUGUUUGUCAUAAUUUGGUUGAUUUCGUUGAAAUUUUGCCGGAAGAAUUUGUUUCCUGUCUGGCGUCUAGACGAGUAGAGCAUUCAAAGCAUUGUUGAGAGCAGGUUUUAAGUUUAUCGUAGCACAGUUGCGCAGAGCUUGUUGACAUUCCUAGUAACGAUCUAGGCAUUAGAAAUCAGACCGUUGCCAGGCUCACAGAUCAAAGCAAUCGUUUGGCACGGAAAAUAUAAGCGUAGAAUGAAAAGGAUUCGACAUGUUGCGGAAGCUAUUUCGCCGUAUAUUUUGUCCGUGUUCGCGAAAGCCAUCAGAGGAAAGUGAAGAGCACGAGACACCGGAAAAGGCGACCAUUCAAGAGCUCGUUGUAGGAACGCCCACGGUUGAUGGAAAGAAACGACCAGUUUCAAGAAAUAUCGACAUACCGGCACCGCGCUGGAGCAUUGUUGGGUCUCACACUGAGCGGGAGAUGAAGAUGCUUACUUCCAGAACAUUGCAUGAAAUAGAAACCAAAGCUGUUACGAGGAAGAACAAAUCUCGCCGACGUGCGUACGAACCGGGCGAUGUAGGAGGAAUGCGAAUGGUACAAGUGCAGCUGCCUCAAUCAAAUAAGAACGCGACCAAUAACGCGCCUACUACCAUCACCCCGAAGGACGAUCAUCACACGUGGGACAAUCACAGCGGCAACGAUAAUGUGGGGAACGACAAACUGGAGGGCAUGCCAUAAGCUUGUUAUGUUCUUUCAAAAUAUUAAAUAAACACGA